GAAGGGGGCGGGCAAGACGGAGGGCUUGUCUUCAUUUCGUUUCUGUCAGCGAAAUGCAAAGGGACGCCUUUUUGUAAUUCUGAUAAAUUCUCCAGUUGUCACAGACCCGGGUUCUCGCUUUAUUCUUCAAAUGAAGACCAAUUAAUUGAUUAUUUUUGUGUGUGUUUGUUUUUGUUUAGUUUUCACGCAAUAACGAGCUGGGACGGCGGUUUAAGAGAGGAGCAGCAACACAGAUAACAACUAAGGGCAUUGCUUUGUUCCGAUUUUAACAAAAAAUAAACCAACAAAAACUUAACCAAAAUGGACAAUUUAGAAAAGAGACCUACACCAGAAGAAGAGCUUGAAUCGCCAGAAGAGGAGGAAGUAGAUCCGAGAAUACAGGGGGAACUUGAAAAACUGAAUCAAUCGACAGAUGACAUCAACAGAUGGGAAACAGAACUGGAGGAAGCCCGUCAGAAGUUCCGCUCUGUGUUGGUAGAAGCUACAGUCAAGCUUGAUGAGCUGGUGAAGAAGAUUGGAAAAGCUGUAGAAGAGUCCAAACCUUACUGGGAGGCCCGCAGAGUAGCCCGGCAGGCUCAGCUGGAGGCUCAGAAAGCCACUCAGGAUUUCCAGAGGGCCACUGAGGUGCUGCGAGCCGCCAAGGAGACCAUUGCACUGGCAGAGCAGAGACUGCUGGAGGAUGACCAGAGGCAGUUUGACUCUGCCUGGCAAGAAAUGCUCAACCACGCCACCCAGCGGGUAAUGGAAGCUGAGCAGACCAAGACCCGGAGUGAGCUGGUGCACAAGGAGACUGCGGCCAAGUACAACGCUGCCAUGAGCCGCAUGAAGCAGCUGGAGAAGAAGCUCAAGAGAGCCAUCAAUAAGUCAAAACCAUAUUUUGAACUGAAGGCAAAGUACUACCUGCAGCUUGAGCAACUGAAGAAGAAUGUAGACGAGCUGCAGGCCAAGCUGUCCCUCGCAAAAGGCGCAUACAAGACAGCCCUGAAGAACCUGGAAAUGAUCUCAGACGAGAUCCAUGAGAGGAGGCGGUCCUCAGCCAUGGGCCCACGGGGCAGAGGGGUGGGGGCUGAGGGAGACAGUAACUCUGGGGAAGACAUCUCCAACUUCAAGCUAGAGUCUGAUGGUAUCUCCAUGACCUCGGAGGUGUUUGAGGAUGAUAACUGCAGCAGUGUUGUAUCAGAAGAGGAUUCUGAGACCCAGUCCAUAUGCAGCCUGAGUUCAGGCCUGACCAGCCCCGUGGAGAUGCCUUGCUCUUACCCCGAUUCCUCCCGGCCCAGCAGCCUGGACCUGGCCAGCCCGGUGUCACUUUCUGAUUUCGGGUUGCUCUCCCCGGUGCUGGGGCCUCGUAGUGAGUGCAGUGGAGCUUCGUCUCCGGAGUGUGACCUUGAACGAGGGGACCGAGCAGAGGGUGCUGAAGAUGAGCUUCAGAACGUGCUUAAUAACAAGAAAACCAGCAGCUUGAUGAGCCGAAUGAGCCGUCUCGCUCUGAAACGCACCAAGACGGACAACCAGAAAAGGGAUCACUUCAGCCUGGCCCAGCACCCCUCUGCCUCUGCGGUAUUAGUGAACGGAAUCUGACCUGGAAUUCUCCACUUCACAAAGCCCCAAAUGUGCCAAGGAACAUUGUGCUAACAAUCUUUAUUCUUGAUGAUCUCUCAUCUUUAAGCUUUCUGGUUAUUAAGAACUGCACUAAAAGGUUUUCUUUCUCACACACACACACACACACUUAAGCUAGCAAGGUCAUUUGUCGGUUUUACUACCGUAUUGCUUACAUACAUUGUAAGUAGGACUUGCGUAGGAUCCAGAUAAAACACUUUUUUGCAACAUGGUAUUCUCUUAUAUAAUGAUAAUAUUAAGCCUUAUCAGCUCUGUCUCCUACUCCAGCCUGUUUGUUUGUCCUUCUGAUGACCUGCACUGACAUUUACAGCGAGCUCUAGAGAAAGCAAGUCCUCUGUUGUGUUGCUAUGUAUUGCCACCUACAGUAGAGAACUACUGAUCACGACACAUCCUUCACAGACAGCAUGACUGAAUCAAGUACUUUUUAACCACAUAGUGGUACACUGAAUUGGUAUUGUGAAUAGAAGCCUUUCGUCUUCGUGGUGCCCAGAUGUACACAGCAUACCCAGCAUUGGAGCUGAAGACUCACAUGGCCAAGGCGUUCAGUGAAAAACAUGGGCCUGUUUUGCUGAUGUACUAGAUGCAUUAUCUUAUGCUAUAGUGGGCCAAUGUCUCUCUUAUGUUUUCAAAAUUUUGUCCAAGCACCACCAGAAAUGCACACCAAAUGAGACUGUUUGUUAUUUAUCUUAAAUGUCUGAAAAGAAAGGAAAACACUGAAACACAGUUUCAACUGAAAGAUCAGCCAAUUCCAUUUUUCUUUGUUGCCAGACCAAGAGAUAUUAACCAAUAAGUAGGAAACCAACAAGGAAAAGUGCCUGGAAGGUAGAUAUUGUGCUAUGGGAGGCCAGUCCGUUUAUUGACUAGUUUAUAAAUCUCUUUGUGACCCAUUCCAUACAUGAGAGCUCCACUUGAUUUGCAACAUUUUGUCACUUCAGAACAGGGAUUCCUCUGCCUUUUCCAAUUUAAGGAGCCUGCUGCUAGCGUGCCAAAUCUCCCAGGGGACUGAGCUGUGUUCAACAGUACCUAGUAAAACCUUGAGAAUGAAUGGAAAAUACAAAAAAAGUGAUGGUAGACAGCAUUUGCUUACAUCAUUGGUAACUUUUGAAUGCAAUGAUGUGCAGUGACCCAGCAGACAGAUUUACCUUUUUUGGCUACCACUAAGGACUGAAUUAUUUGCAAAACUUUUGCAUGCUUUGCUUGUUUUUUUCUUUUAUUUUUUAGUUGAUCUGUGUAUGUAUUAUUGUAUUGUAAUGUAUAUACUGUAAAGCUAUAUUUCCAUUGUGUUACUUCUAUUGUUCAUAUUGUCAUAGCAGUAUGGAAGGUUGUCUCUCUUUGAAAAUUUUAUAUAUAUAUAUAUAUAUAUAUAUAUAUAUAUAUAUAUACACACACACACAUACGUAUAUACACACAGUUGUAGUUAAAAGUUUACAUACCCCAAUAGAAAUUUAUAAUUUCUAGCGAUUUCUCUAAAACAAAUAAUUAUAGGAAAAAAUCUUUUGUAGCAAAAGUUUUGGUUUUGUGGAUGAGGGAGAAAAGUUACAAAAAAAAGAUGUCUACAAUUAUCCAAAAAUGCUAAUUCAAAAGUAUUCAUACCCUGACAAGGAAAAUGAAAUUAAUAGCUUGUUGAGGCACCUUUAGCAACAAUGAGCUUUUGGCACAAUUCCUUAAUGAUUUUUUACCAUUCUUCGCAAAAUUGUUCCAGUUCAUUCAAAUUCCGAGGACUUCUUUUGUGCACAGCCUUCUUCAACUCAUACCAAAGAUCCUCAAUCGGAUUUAGAUCAGGACUUUGACUAGGCCAUUCCAGAACCUUGAUUUUAUUCUUCUUUAACCAUUCUGAAGUAGAUUUUGAUGUGUGCUUUGAAUCGUUAUUGUGUUGGAACAUCCAGUUUUAGGUGAUUGGCCAAUAUCUUUUGGUAUGCUAUGGAAUCCAUUUUACCAUGUAUUGGAACUAAAUUUCGUGUGCCAUUAGAGGAAAAACAGCCCCAUAGAAGGAUAUUACCACCUCCUUGCUUGACAGUAGGUAUGGUGUUUUUUUCCUUGUACGCCUCACCAGACCACCUCCAAACAUAACGACUAUCGGUAUGACCAAAUAACUCAAUAUUUGUUUCAUCACUCCACAAACCUUUGACCAGAACUCAUAUCCAUCAUUCAAAUGACAUUUUACAAACU